AUGAAAACACUAUUAGUGAACAAACUCACAGAGCAGAAAAAACAUAUACAAAAUCUUCAAGCUAGUAAUAGAAGACAGGGCUUUCAACUAAGGCCAGAUAAUAGAGAUGACAUCUUAAUAAUACCUAAGUCAAAAAAACAAGCAUUCAAACAUACCCAAAAGGUUUAUAAAAGACUAGAAUAUCUGGAGUUCAUAAUAAACAAAAAGAAAUCAUACAAUGGAUUUAUCAAGAAUAAUGGAGUUUUUAGAGUUCAGCAUAAACUCAGCAGAGAUGACAUUUAUGAUACCACAAAAGAAGAUAAAAGAUAUUCUGAGAGAAUGCCAAAAAGUGAAUACUAUGAAGAAUGGACUAGUAUAUCUCUCAAAAGAAAGCAAGUACCAAUUAGAUAUAUGAAUAAAGAACCUAGCAGACUGGAACAAAUAAAAAGAAGAUCAGCUGACUCAAGACUACAUAAAUCUGUUAGAAUUAAGAGCAGUGAAGAAAGCAUUGAAGAAAUGGAAACAUAUCAGGAAUCAGACUGUUCUGGCAGUAGUGAUGAACACUCUGCAUGUUUUAUAGAGAGGCUAGAAUAUUUGGACCAAUCCUUCAUAGAUACUACUGACCAGAGUGUUAAACAAG